AUAUUUUGGUAUUCCCAUGGAGAUCUUGCCCCGAGUGAGGAGUUCAUCAGAAAUAUACGGCCUCAUGAAAUCAGGAGCGCUUUCAGGUAUUCCCAUUUCAGGGUGUCUUGGGGAUCAGUCAGCAGCACUCGUUGGACAGAUGUGUUUCCAAGAUGGGCAAGCUAAAAACACGUAUGGUACUGGCUGUUUUCUCUUGAGAAACACUGGAGCCAAGCCUGUGAUGUCCGAGCACGGUCUUCUGACCACGGUGGCGUACAAACUUGGUCGAGACCAACCUGCCUGUUACGCACUGGAGGGCUCUGUGGCCAUCGCAGGAGCUGUGGUUCGUUGGCUGCACGACAAUCUUGGAAUCAUCGAGUCAUCCGAAGAGCUCGAGAAGUUGGCCGCGUCAGUCGGCACAUCCUACGGUUGCUACUUCGUUCCUGCGUUUUCGGGUCUCUAUGCGCCCUACUGGGAGCCCAGUGCGAGAGGGAUCAUUUGCGGGUUAACUCAGUUUACCAACAAGAGCCACCUCGCCUUUGCUGCGCUGGAAGCCGUUUGCUUCCAGACACGAGAGAUACUGGACGCCAUGAAUCAGGACAGCGGCAUCCCUCUAACUCAGCUCCAGGUCGACGGAGGAAUGACGUCCAACAGGCUGCUGAUGCAGCUCCAGGCCGACAUUCUCUGUAUCCCCGUUGUGAAGCCGUCCAUGCCUGAGACCACGGCUCUGGGGGCGGCGAUGGCAGCGGGAGCGGCGGAGGGCGUCAGCGUGUGGAGCCUGAACCCAGAGGACCUGAGCGAAGUCACGUCGGAGAAGUUCGAGCCGCAGAUCAACCCCGAAGAGAGCGAGUUUCGGUACGCGCGGUGGAAGAGGGCGGUGCAGAAAUCCAUGAACUGGGAAACGACGGAGCCUGUUUGUAACGGAAACGGUGAAACGAGUAUCUUCAGCAGCGUGCCGAUGGGCUUUUACAUCAUGGGCAGCAUGGUGAUGUUGAUCUGCGCCAAAUACAUCGCAGGCCACAACUAGACUCCUGGAGGCAUUAAAACAAAGAGCCGAGUGGACGUCUCUGGUGUCGGACCACCACUUCUGCUCCGGUUGCACUCUUUCCUUAAAACCAUUCCAGAAGAAAGACGCUCCUGCUGAACCGUAACCUCUGAGUGGACGUUCAGGAGGACUUUGAACUGACUAAUGGAACUUCUUCAUUAUUUUUUUUUUUCCCCCCCUUAAUUUUUUCCUAACUUCCCUGCGUGACAGACAAAAACCCGUCGGUACGAUAGACUUUAGCGGGAGUGUGCAUGCGGUAUUUGUUUUUUUUUUUUUACAGAGCUGAUGUGGUAUGAAUUUCUGAGCUUAGUCAUGUAGAGAAUCUGCCAGUGGUGUGAAGCACGUUGUCUUGUUGUUGUUGUCAUUUCACUGUUAACUGUCAUCUUGUGAUGUUUUUGUUAAAGACCCUCCACUAUGAGCUGUUAUUUUAUUUUAUUUUUUUAUUUUAGAGCACUUUAUAUGUUUCUGUUUGGUCUCGCUGUGCACUAACAGGUCUGCAUAUUUUUUGUAGAGCAUUUUGGGAUUAAGGCACUUGACAGGAAAAGAAGGCGUUUAAUGAACUGACGAGGUCGCUCUGAGGGUUUGUGUUGUGUAACGAGCAAACAUGCGAUGAAGGAUGACGAGAUAUGAAGACGCUGAAAGAGGAACCAGGCACAGAGUAUUUCAAUCAGAAUCAGAUAAAAACAUCCCACUGAGUAUCUUUAAUUUCAAGCCAUUUACUACCGAGACUGUGGUUAAAAUUCAAUUUUCUGACUUAUUGAAGCAUUCAAAGCUUCUGUCAAGUCAAGGAAAAAGUCUAUUACAAACAUUUUGCUCUCAGUUUAUAAAGUUAAUCCACAACAAUGCAUCUUUAUUGCACUAAAAUGCCCGUGUUUUCCUCUGAAUAAUUUAUUUAAAGUCAAAGGGAGCUGUACAAAACCAUAUGAAUUUAUCGAGUCUUUGCUGUGUGGUUAAGGCUUCUGAGGAUUUAUUCUCUUGUCCUGCAUGUUUGCCUUUUAUGAGAAUCUGUAAUAAAAAAGUCUUUUGUAAUGGAUGAAGGUUGCAGGUAAAAACAGACAGUUAUCGAUUUGCUCCCUGCAGUUACGCCGUUAUUUAUUAAAUUAUGCAGUCAUGUAAAAAGUAUGAAAUUUUCUAUUGGGAUGCAAUUCUACAAAUGGUUAAUUUAUUGAUGCAUUUAAUAUGUUGGGAACGUUUGCUUGGCGAUGUUCAGCUUCAAAGACCUCUUAACUGUGACAUGGGAGACGGUUUUCGACGCUCUUUUGCCACUAACUCCGCAUGUUCUUCCCCCGUCGGCGCAGCGUUUGUAUCCGUGAAAAGUGUACAAAUCUGUUGAGUUUCUCACCACAUUAAAGAGCAGUUUAACCCAAA